AUGUACGCACUCAACGUUCCCGGUCGGAUCGAUCCUGUUACGAAUCGAGCUAUGCUGCCAACAAAUCUACCGAAGGGUAGGUUGCAACAAAGAGGAUUCAAAGCAUCGUGA